UGACAUUUUAAACUGCUCAGCGCCUCAGGGUCACGACAACAAGAUCGUUUUCCAGGUUCUUUCACAGUGAACUAUCACGAUGUUCAUCCACUCUUUUUUGGUCCUUUUCCUAUCUGCCAUACUGUUGGUCGGCAUACCUGUUUUUGGAGAGCAGCUACAGUGUCCUUCAGACUAUGGCAUUACCUUUGGUUCUUUUGUUUUGAAAAAAGAUGGCGUAGUAGUACCAGGUGUUUAUAUAACUGGUGGGCAAUAUACUAUGAGUGGGACAAUACAAGUGUAUCCUGGAGCUGCACUUCCCUCUAUAGACGCAAAGUUUGACGUGUGGGUUACAGCAACCGGCACAGCCCUCUUUAUACCUUUUAAAAAGACGUUUUCGAUCAUAUGUGAGCAAGAUAGGCCUUGAAUACUGCAUCAGCUACCAUAACAAUUCAACUAUUUGACAGCAGCAAUGGAGGACAAGUCGGAUGCUUGAGAAAAGAGAUCCCUAUUCUCCUUGAGUAGUUUAACCAGUAAACAAGCGAUAAAAUAAAUCAAGUGCAUUUACUUUUCA